GCUGUCAAACCGCUGCAUUCCGAUGCAAAACGUCACCGAUCAAAACAAUAGCUGCCGCUAGUGAAAACUCUCGCCAGUAUCAUCACAUCAUCAUCGCCCCGUGCGUUCCUAACUUUCGUCGCAACGUCGUCAAAAUAGGUUCCAGAAUGAGCACAUCGCCCGAAGGUCAGGACAUGAUGGAGGUCUUGGCCUGCAAUAGCAACCAGCUGGCGGACGACCUACUAUCGGCCGGCACCAAUGCAGGAAAGCGGCAAAAACUCGUCCUGGACUAUCUGAAGGUAGCCGAUCGGGACGGGAAAAGUGUAACGGCCGAGUUUCCGGAUGGGCUGGAUUGGUUCAACGUGACGGAAUCGCUAACGAUGCAAGGUUCGCUGCGGGGAAAGGUGGUUGUGUUGGAUUUUUUCACCUACUGUUGCAUCAACUGCAUGCACAUCCUGCCGAAUCUGAAGCGGCUGGAGCAGCUGUACCCGAUCGAGGAAGGACUGGCGGUGAUCGGUGUACACAGCGCGAAGUUUAAGAACGAGAAAGACUCCAACAAUAUCCGGGCAGCGGUGGAACGGUACGAAAUUUCGCAUCCCGUCGUCAACGACAACGUAUCGGCAAUGUGGCGCAAGCUACGGGUACAGUGUUGGCCCACACUGAUGAUAUUGGGACCACGUGCGAACCCACUGUUUGUGAUAAUGGGCGAAGGCAACUUUGAGGAUCUGAAGCUGUACGUUGGCAGUGCGAUUCGAUUCUACAAGGAAAAGGGUGAAAUUCAGCGCCAUUCGUUGCCUCUCAAUCUGUCCGGUCCGGGUACGAUCGCAUCGAAUAUGAAAUAUCCUGCCAAGAUUGCAUGCUCGGUACCAACUGCCGGUGGUGUCGAUAGCAACGAAGAGCCACUGUUCGCUAUUUCCGAUUCGGGUAACCAUCGGAUAUUGAUCAUCGACUCGGUCGGUACAGUGUUGCACAAAAUUGGUGGCAAACAAAGCGGAUUUUUAGAUGGCAACUUCACGAAGGCACGCUUCAACGCUCCUCAGGGCGUAACGUUCCAAGGGUCCGACGUCCUGUUUGUAGCAGACAACGAAAAUCAUGCCAUCAGAAGAAUAGAUUUGAAAUCCCGCUUGGUGAGUACCGUAGCAGGAAACGGCACCCAAGGAAAUGAUCGUACCGGUGGCAGAACCGGACGGGAUCAGCUACUAUCCUCACCGUGGGACGUGGCGGUGUAUUCGACACGUGAUCUCGAUAUGUCGUUUCAUGCGGAUGAAGCGGUCGUCCCUUCCAAGGAUGUACUUUUGAUCGCGAUGGCAGGAAUUCAUCAGAUUUGGGCCAUCUUCCUGGACGAUACAAUCUGGUGGAAGUUCAAGAAAUACAGUGCCGGUACGUGCUGUGCCAUUGCGGGCAGUGGCCACGAGCAGAACCGUAACACGUCUUACCCACAUAGUGCCGCAUUUGCACAACCAUCCGGAUUGGCCAUUAACCGUGUAGCGAAGGAAGUUUAUCUGGCGGACAGUGAGAGUUCCGCUAUUCGGAAAAUUUCGCUCACAGACGGUAAAGUGAUGGCCGUGGCUGGUGGCGAUCGUAAUCCAUUGGAUCUGUUCGCCUUCGGUGAUGUAGAUGGAAAGCAAUAUGCGGCAAAGUUUCAGCAUCCUCUCGGUGUCGCGUACAAUCCGAAGGACAGCUACAUCUACUUCGCCGACACGUACAAUCACAAGAUAAAGAAAAUUGACAUCACGACAAACUGCGCGACGACCUGCGAGUUCCGCGAGGCAAAUGGUUCGAUUCGGCGCUUCAACGAACCGGCCGGCCUGUGCCUCGAUCGUACCGGCCAGCUGCUGUACAUUGCGGACACAAAUAACCACGAGCUGCUGGUGGCUAACCUUGCCGAUGGCAGUAUCCGUCCGUUAAAGUUAAACUUCCGCGUACCGGAAGAAUUGGAUAGCGUGGGUGAAAAUCGUCGAUCGGCCAUUACUACUCUGAAACCAACCCGUCCAAUCAAGAUGCAUCCGGAUGCGGGUCAGAGCUCGCUACGCUUGACGUUUAAUAUGACUUUCCCUGGGCAGGCAACCAAACUAACUGACGGUGCACCACAGCAAUGGUCGCUCGAGUUGCCUACUACGGAGUGGAGUUGCGACUGCACCAAAGGUACUAUCGAUACCGGUUCCGGUCAAUCGCUUCGGCUGCUGAUCGUACCACCAGUAAACGAUGCACUGCAACUGAACGGAAACGACCCCUCACCGAUUGCGGUUAACUUCAAGCUUAAUCUCUGUGAAGGAGACAUUUGCUUUCCGAAGGAAUUGACGGUGCUGCUAGAGGUACAAUACUCAACUAGCGAAGUUGGCCACUCAAAGGUCGAACGAUACGACGCACAAGAAACGUACGAAUUGCAGCUCUCGCGUGCAAACGUUUCCCUUCACCAACAGUAG